AUGUACGAGGUUGACGAUGAUGGUUAUGCAGUGAUGACCAUCGCGGCCAUGCAGGCUAUGGGCGUGGCUAAUCGAAAUAUGCAGCUGCUCACGGUGGUCUGGCCCGGGAUUUCGUUGGCCAUCAAUCUGGCAACCGUCUCCAAGUUGAUCCACUAUCGGCUCAAGGGCAAGAAAUUCGGUGCAGGCUUCACCAUCGAGCUACAACUAUUCUUGAUUUGCAUCGCCACGCUGGUCGUGCAGCUGGCAUUAUUGAUAUUUCUGAGGUGCAUAACCAUGGGUGGCAAAUUGACGCCACUUUCUACGUUUUUGUCGAGCUUCAUCUACGACCUGGCUUCCCUUUCUGAAGUUUACGUUUCGUGCCGUGCUCUA